AUGAGUCAGGUGCCGAGGAGGGACCUGUGGAUCGACGGACGCUGGCAGCGGCCAGCGGCAGGGGGGCGCAUCGACGUGGUGUCGCCGGCGACGGAGGAGGUCAUCGGGAGCAUCCCUGCGGGAACUGCAGAGGAUGUCGACCGGGCCGUGGCGGCUGCGCGCUCGGCGUUCAGGGCGGGUCCGUGGGGUUCCACGACGGGGAGGCAGCGCGCGUCCGUCCUGCGGUCCAUCGCGGCGGAGAUACUGCGCAGGAAGGACCAGCUCGCCGUUUGGGAGACGGCGGAUUGCGGCAAGCCCCUGGACGAGAGCAAGUGGGACAUAGACGACGCGUCCGCGUGCUUCGAGUACUACGCCGACCUCGCAGAGCGGCUCGACGGCGAGCAGUACAAGCCCGUGGCGCUGCCGAUGAAGGACUUCUCCUGCCACCUGCGCAAGGAGCCCGUCGGCGUGGUCGGGCUCAUUACGCCCUGGAACUACCCCCUCCUGAUGGCGGUCUGGGGCGUCGCCGCCGCACUCGCCGCCGGCUGCACCGUCGUCCUGAAGCCGAGCGAGCUCGCGAGCGUCACGUGUCUGGAGCUGGGCGAGCUCUGCUGCGCUGCGGGGCUCCCGGCAGGCGCGCUGAACGUGGUGUCAGGCGACGGCCCCGCCGCGGGCGCGCCGCUCGCCGCGCACCGCCACGUGGCCAAGGUGUCGUUCACCGGCUCCGUCGCGUCCGGCGGCGCCGUGGCGCGCGCGGCGGCCGCGAACGCAGCGGGCGGGCCGCGCCCCGCGACGAUGGAGCUGGGCGGCAAGUCCGCCCUCAUCGUCUUCGACGACGCCGACGUCGACAACGCCGUCGAAUGGUGCAUGUUCGGGUGCUUCUGGACGAACGGCCAGAUCUGCUCCGCGACCUCGCGCCUCCUCGUCCACGAGAGCAUCGCGGACAGGUUCUACCGGCGGCUCAAGGCCCGCGCUGAGUCAAUACAGGCCGGGGAUCCGAUGGCGGAGGGUUGCCGCCUAGGACCCGUCGUGAGCCGGCGGCAGUACGAGAAAGUCAUGGGCAUGAUCGCGGCCGGGCGGCGCGCGGGCGCGCAGGUGCUGACGGGGGGCGGGCGGCCGCCGCGUGUCGGUCCCCGGGGGUUCUUCGUGGCGCCGACAGUACUGACCGGAGUCAGGUCUGACAACGUGGUGUGGCGCGAGGAGAUCUUCGGGCCCGUGCUGGCCGCGGCGACCUUCCGGACCGAGGACGAGGCUGUGGCGAUGGCGAACGAUUCGGAGUUGGGGUUGGCGGGCGCGGUGAUCUCCCAGGAUCUCGCGCGGUGCCAGCGCGUGGCCAGGCGGCUCGAGGCGGGGAUCGUGUGGGUGAACUGCAGCCAGCCGUGCUUCGCGCAGGCGCCCUGGGGCGGCAUGAAGAACAGCGGGUACGGGCGGCACCUGGGGGAGGCGGGGAUGGAGAACUACCUGCAGCUGAAGCAGAUCACGGAGUACCUCGUGCCUGAGGAGGUCUGGGACUGGUAUCCUCAAAACAAUGUUUCUGCCGGGCCUGUGAGCAAGAUGUGA